AUGGAGGAAGAAAGCGAUGCGAUAAUUUUCACCUGCAAUGACCAUCUUCUAAAGACCUUCAAGAAAAUGGAUGGCUUUCGGAAAAAUUCUAAACUUUCUGACAUCGUUUUAGUUGUCGGGGAGAAAAGAAUUGAGGCGCAUAGACUUGUCCUUGCCGCUUUCAGUGAUUAUUUUAGCGCCAUGUUUACUGGCGAUCUUUCCGAAAAUAAAAAAGAUGUCGUGCAUUUGACGGACAUGGACCCGCAAGCUGUAGAGGCUCUGAUAAAGUACGCUUAUACGUCUCAUAUAGAAAUACGAGUGGACAAUGUAGAAAACCUGCUUUCAGUUUCUUGCAUCUUACAGAUUGACGAAGUUAAAGAAGCCUGUUCAGAAUUCAUGAAACAUCAACUUCAUCCUUCAAACUGCCUUGGUAUUCGCGCAUUUGCCGAUGGUCAUGGUUGCAAUGAACUUUUCAAGGUAGCCGAUGCUUACACCAAAGAACGCUUUCCUGACGUUGUGAAAAGCCAAGAAUUUGUGCUUCUAAGCGGCGAAUGCGUGGCGCAGCUUUUAUCAAGCGACGAGUUAAACGUAACUUCGGAAUCGCAAAUUUUUGACGCAUUAGAAAAAUGGGCGGAACACGAUGAAGAACAUAGGAAAAAAUUCUUGGCAAGAUUGUUGGGACUUGUUCGUCUUCCUUUAUUGGAGCCCGACUUUCUUGUUGAUCGAGUGGAAAUGUCACCGCUGUUUCGAGAUAUAGGCCCUUGCCGGGAACUCAUUAUCGAAGCCAUGAAAUACCAGCUUCUACCGAAAAGACGUUUUCAACUACAAAACUCAAGAACAAUUCCAAGACGAUCCACGGUGGGAAAACUUUUUGUCGUAGGUGGUAAGUCAAGCUGUAAUCAAAUAUAACAGAAGUGAGCAUAAUGUUUUUUUGUUAUCUGUAAAAUCUUGUAUUCUUAGCUCGAUCGGCAAUAUGAAAAUGUCAAAUGGUUGACAUAUAAGUGGAUAUGUUGAUUCAUGUCAUGACUGUACGUGUUGGAGUACGGUAACUUAAUUUAAUGUGAAAAAAAUGUCGGAACUGAAGGAUUCAGCUGGAAGUUAAUUUCAAACAUGACAAUUAUGUCUCUUUGAAAGCGCUACUGCGAAAGGAAAUGCACUUGAAUGGUCAUGUAUUGAUCGAGAAAACAAAAACCUUUUGUUCGACCUUACGUGCAAAGCAUUUUUAUAAGUGGUUUAUCUAGGCGGGCUUAGAAAAUUGACAAAUACUUGGAAGUCUCACGUUCCAAUUUCUUGGGGGUCAACUGUGUAACUCUGUAUGUCGCAAUAAAACACUUCAAUCAAGUAUUUUAUCUUGCAAAAAGAAGAAAUAGCUUAUUAACUACAGCCAGGAGCUGCUCAUUCUGGUAAAUAAUAUCAAGCAAAUUUAGUUAUUUUAUUAUUGAUUUAUAUAUUUAAGCUAACAGUUUUAUAAUAAACCAGUGCUAUAAUGCAUGAUAUGGACAUGCUAUAAAGGAACAAAAGGCUCUUUUCUCCCUAAUUUAGGUAUGGAUUCCUCAAAAGGAGCAAUCCAAAUUGAGCAAUAUGACCCUCGCAAGAACCAGUGGUCAGUGGUGUCGCCAAUGGUAACCAGAAGGCUACAGUUUGAUGUUGCAGUACUAAAUGGUAGCCUUUAUGUUGUUGGGGGCAGAGAUGGGCUAAAGACAUUGAAUACUGUGGAGUGUUAUAAUCCAAGGACAAGACAAUGGAGCCCUGUACCAUCCAUGAGUACCCAUCGCCAUGGUUUGGGUGUAGCAACGCUGAGUGGACCUUUGUAUGCAGUAGGGGGUCAUGAUGGAUGGUCAUACUUGAGUACAGUUGAGAGGUAAAUUAUGCAAUAAUAAUGGCGAUGAUGAUUAUGACAUCAAUGAUGAUGGUGAUAUAGACAAUAAUAUUUAUUUUGUGAAAGGUUUGAACCCAGGAGUCAUCUCAAAAGUAGGUUGAAUUUGAUCGUCCGGGUGAACGUAGGGCUGUUGUUGUUGACAAUUUGACUAACAAUAUAGGACUGUUUAACUGUGACAAUAGGCAGAUCGAAAUGCACCAAUUACUUUAGUCUUAUAUAAACACCACAUGAACUUGACUGAAGGCGACCAAUAACAUGGUGAUUAAUUGACCAAUCAGAUCGGUGAGUAUUUACCAUAAACUGAAGAAUACAACUUAUUUUCACUCUGAAGAUGAUACCAAGGUUUUUGUCACUGUCAACAACAACAGUCCUAUUCAGGACUUUGUUGACCCGGACAAUCAAAUUCAACCUACUUUUGGAAUAAUAUUUAUUUUCUUUGCCUGUCACCAAUGUAAAAAUGAUAAUGAUGAUGAUGAUGAUAUGGCCUGAUUGUCAGGAAGACCAUGAUCUCUGGUUUCCACUUCCAUUAGCUGCAAAAAAGAAAACAUUAAUUUAAGUUUAAAAAGACUAGAGGAGUUCCGUUAGUGUUACAAUAUUUCUUUCUACACAGAUUUGAUCCAGAGACAAAACAGUGGAAUUUUAUAGCGCCCAUGACUACAGCUCGCAGCACUGUUGGUGUUGCUGUUCUUAACGGCAGGCUGUAUGCUGUUGGAGGGAGGGAUGGGUCUGCAUGCCUUAAUUCAGUUGAGAGUUAUGAUCCUCACACUAACAAAUGGACAGUGAAUUGUCCCAUGCUAAAGAGAAGAGGAGGUGAGAAAUGAAUUGGCUACACGCUUUAUCAAUAGAUUUUGAUUUUAGAUUGUUUUGUUCCCUCACGGUGUCUAUUUGGCUAAAUCCCUUCCCCUGGAGUAUGUGGUUAUUUAAUUGACUAUAAAGAGGUAAAAAGUAGUGUUGGGAAAUGGCCAAGAUUAAAUAAUCAAUCUCUGGAAAUAACUGGAUUGAACCAACCCAUGGACAGAGAAAACUCUUGUGUGCAAGUCAAAGAAAAUAAUAUAAACUAUGUGGGAAACUUUUUUUAAUGACAAUCAGUUUGUGAACAAAACAGAACCCUUACAAAUCAAUUGAGAGAGCUUGGAGCAUGGCCGUUGGAAUGGAAACAUACAAAAUAUUGUACCAGAAAAGGGUCAUCAAUGGAAUAUAGCUGCAUUUCGAGCACAUUAAAAAUACAACACAGGCUUUAUUACUUUUACUUGUCAAUAAUUAUAUUUUUUAUUUUUCCACAAUAAUCUAUCGAACAGGUUCCAUAAUCAAUAAUCGCAUUGCUUAAGGUUUGCCAUCAGUGAUCAAUAUUAUCAUAAUAUUAUUGAAAAAAAGGUUGUGUGGUAAGAAAGGAACUAAGAUGUAUGAGUUCAGUAAACAUUCCUCUGUUGAAAACUUUCUCCAGCAAUUGCAUUUUGUCAGAUUAGGAUUAAUGAGAAUGCUUGUUCAUAGGAGCUCCGUGUUGUACAACCUUCUUGAGAUCAACUAAAGUAAAAUUAAUGCUUGAUGGUCCUAUUAUAUAGUUAUACAAUCUGGUGAGCUAAGUGACCUCAUUGUUAAUUAUGGUGCCAUAGGUGUGGGAGUGGCUGUUCUUGAUAAUUUCCUGUAUGCCAUGGGAGGUCAUGAUGCCCCUGCAAGCCAGGACUGCUCACGUCAGUUUGACUCUGUGGAGAGAUACAACCCUAACACAGACCAAUGGACUAUGGUUGCACCCAUGAUUAACUGCCGAGAUGCUGUCGGAGCAGCUUGUCUUGGUGACAGACUGUAUGCCAUUGGGGGAUAUGAUGGCUCCAAGUAUUUAAGUGCUGUAGAAUGUUAUGAUCCAGAAAAGAAUAAGUGGGAAGAAGUUGCUUCUCUGAACUGUGGCCGAGCUGCUGCUUGUGUUGUUGCUGUGCCAAGUAAAGCUAAUCAGUGAUUAUAAUUUUUUUGGGAUUGUCUUUGACUGUUAGUACAGUUGUAGUAAUAUAGUUAAUGUGGUGGUGUUUUCUAUAAAAACUAUAGGUUUGAAAAUAUUACUUCAGUCCCGAAGAAGACCUUGCUGAUACAGGGUUUUUCUCGUUUUAUCUUGGUCAUUUAAGUCUUCAUAUUACCGCUAUUAUAAAGGCUCUAACUUCAAUCAUCAACAGAGAUGCCUAAAAACGUAGUUGUUUGAAAGCCCAAAUUACAGUGUGCAAAGAAAGUCAGUUUUACAAUUUGCCAUUCGGACAAGCUGUAACUAGCAUGUACUAGCCGAAAAGUCAUUUCAAAUAGCCCCCCCAAAAUUUUGAUGAGCAGGAUUGAUUACAGAUCUUCUGCAAUUUGAAUACCCUCAUAAAACAUCACUUGCCUGUUGAGCAAGUUAAGAACAGAAUCCACUAGCCCAACAGCAAACUCCACAAGCCCUGGGUUAUCAGACACUACUUUCUUUGCGCCCUGCAUUAUCUGAUAGGCUUUUUAUUUUGUUUACUUUUGUUUUGAAAAGUUUACACUACUAAACUUUGCAGUCUAAUUGCAUGUUUUUUGAAAUUGCUGGGUUUUAUAAGUUCUCCAGUCAUUAGGGCACACUGCAUCAAAGGUGAAUGUAAGCCUUUAUUUAGAAAUAAAUUUUGUAUUAUACAGUUGAAGAGAUGCUAAUUAGACCAAAAUUCUACAAUUUUUGAACAGCCUUUCCUGAUUAUUAUUUAUUUAUUUAUUUGCUUUAAGAUUACAUAUUAAAUUUCAAACAAUGACAAUAACUUUAUAACGCCAAAACUAUAUUUUAUUGAAAAUCAAAAGAAAUUGAUGCAAUAGUAAGUGAUAACAUUGUGUACAGGCCUUAGCAUAAUAUUUUGUGGCUUUGAAAACUUUCUUUCCAAUUUUUUUUUUUUAGAAUUUAAUAUCUCAAUAUAUAUUUUUAUUUAUUUAUAUUUUUGUGAUGAAAAUUUGAGCCAGGUUUUGUGUUAUUAUUUGGUGACAAAUGGUGAAUUAGAGACUUUUUGAGACUUCAACAGAGGGCUUCUUUCCAACAAGUGCAAGACUUUAAACUUUUUGAAUUGCAACACACCAAGACUUAAUAGUCUGCUAAAUUUGGCCCCAAUAAUUCAACACUCUCUCAGACUUUUCCAGUCAAAUUGCCCAUUGAAAUUCCAAAAAGUUGAGAAAAUAACUAGCUUCUUUCUAGUGACAUAGCAGGAAACCAGCUUUUAUGCAAACGAAGCAAAAUUCAAUAUUUUGAGAAUUCCUUAGCCUUCCAAAGAAACAACACAAAGCAGAUACAUAAAAAACAAAUUGAAACUCUGAGACCUUCAGAACUGCCCCAAAAAUGAUACUAAAAAAGGAAUAAAGAGGCAAACACCUUCAAAUUUGACUCAAAUUUUGUCAAACUCUUGUUAUUUUGGAAAUGCCAUUUACAAGCUGCCUUAUAAAUAGGCCUUGUUUAUAUUUCUCUUGGGAUUUCUAAUCAUCCCAAGAGAAAUGAUUGAAAACAAUGCUUAUGCAAAAGUGUUCAGGGAAAGCAUUAUGGUAUUUUUUGAUGAAGGCCUAUUAUGGGAAAAUAAUAAAGUUUUCACAACAAAAAUUAUGCUGAGGUAAAACACAAGACUUGAUUCUGGUGGCUGUUUUCAUGCACACUAGUUAUAACAACAUUACCAAUUUUAAUAUUAUUGCCCUGGUAAGAACAUAGCCAGUAAAAUGUACAGAAAAGUUUAUUGAUUAGGUUUUGCAAUUUUAAUCAGUGAUGAACAUUACUUGCAUUGGUGAUUCCUGUGUAUGAAUGAUGCAUGGCAAUUAAAGCAUGAAUAUUCUAGUAGAUCCUUUGCUGUUUGAUGUCAAAAAGUUGGACAUAUUCUUGUAACCCCAAACUUAACAAGUUGGGCACAUGUAGAUCAUUUCAACCCAGACAAAGUUUUGAGAAGUUUUCAAUUUUGGCAUUUUAUGCUGAAAAAGAAAUAACUGUAAUGACCAAUAUUAAAGUACUGCUGAAGAGUUGUGAUCAUAUGAAUUUGAAUGGUCACACCAGCGUAUUUCACCCGCAGACGCAAGUGUCAAAAAUGUUAAAAAACUACUCUUAAGGAGGUCUCAUUUGAAUGGUCACACUAGCAGAUUUUCUUUACAGACUCAUGAGUAAGAAGGAGCAUAGGAAAUCAAAUAAGUCAGUCAACUAUCUACAAGAUGGACACCUUGUGUUGGUCCUUUUUCAGUUCUUAGUCACUUGACAUCUGUUACAUAAUGCUGUAGAGAAACAAACAGUCAAUAGGGUCCCUGUUUAGAUGGUGUCUGUCUUCUACAGAGUUAUCCUGCUAGCUAGCUCUCCAUUUAUGAUGAGUGAAGAAAAUUGUGUGAGAAUGCACAAAGGAGCGGUGAAGCACUCGCAUCUCCUUUCGUGUGCUGCUCUCUUGUGACUUCUCGCAACUCCCCUAAGUGGAGAGCUCGCUAGGAGGCUAUCAUAGAGUAAACUGACUUUGCCAAAAGUGAAUUGCUGAGAAUGUUUUGUUGGAAUAGUCCCACAAUGGGAUUUCACCCACAAAUUAAAAAAAUAGACUCUACAUUCCAAUCAAGAUUGCCUUUAGAGGUGAAAGGGUUGACAUUACUUGACUAAAUAAUUAUUACUCAUACCAGUUCUUGUUCAAAAACGUAUCCUUUAUUGGCUGAAUAUAGCAUCCACAAUCAGCUAAUUUGUAUGUGGUGACAUACAAUAAUAAUAUUUUUCAUCUUUCAUUAAUGCCAGCAUGCAGACCUCUAUUCACAGAUUUUUCAUUGCAC